UGUCCCCCCAGAAAUGGGGGAGCUCCCCUGUACCCUGAAUCCUUCACCCCAGGAUGGGGCAGGGAAUCCAUGGGACAGGGAGAUAGAUCCACAGCCAUGAGCAGCCAGUUUCUCCAGGAGAAUGCUGAAGGAAAUAGUGCCAAAGGCUUUACUGAAGUCUAGGUGGAAACAUCCAAAGCCAUUCCCUCAUACACUAAGCGGGGCAACACGGCCCCAGAGGCCCACGAUUCACUGCAGUUCCCACUCUCGGAGGGAGUACCACACACCUCUUGCUCCCACAGCACAGGAGGCGGUGAAGGAACUGGCUUCUCCUCUCUUCAGCAAGCAGGGCACAGCAGCACAGACAGGGAGCCAGGCACCUGCCCCACACAGCCCCACAGCCCACACCGUGGCUCUGCAGGACGCAGCUUGGUGGGACAUGAGUGAUGUCCUGCACGAGCUUGAGGCUGUGAUCCAAGAACGCAGCCAGCAGCCGGUGGAACAGCGGCACUCGGCACAAAGCAUGGAUGCGGCGAUGGCAGUAAAACCACGUGCAGCAACUGAGGAUAGCGAGUCUACAUUGGCUGCAGAGCCUCGGGGAGAGCCCAGCACAGCCUCUCCUGUCCCAGACGAACGCCAGGAUGGAGAACACAUGGCUUCUCCCAUGUCUGGAGACCCUCCAGGAGAGGCUAGUGCAGCCAUCGUCUCCCCGGCAGCACACGAUCAUGAAGGGGCUUUUUUGUUGCCUGAAAAUGCUGUGGACAACACCGCCACACCACACCUUGCCCCAGCAGCAGAGAACGGAGACAAUGAGACAGCUUGUCCCCUGCCUUGGGAGCCUUGGCACCAGGUGAGCCAGGGGCGCGUGGCCAGCACCGAGCAUCCCCAGGUACCGGAGGCAGGCGCGGCGCCCGGGGCAUGUGUGGCAGGGACAUGGCUGGUGGACAUCCUCUCCAUCUCCUCCCCACCACCACCACCCCCCCGGCCCCCGCCCCCGCCUUUAGUCUUGCUCUCCCCAUGCAGGCGACCUCCCAGCACAGAGGCGACACGCAGCCCUCCUCUGGCUGCAGGACCGUAAGCCCAGCCAACCCGACACCUAACACUGCCAAGCCUACCACGAAACCCCAUCCCCAAGCGCCGGUUUCUCCCCGCAUCCAAUGAUGGAUGCUUAGCUCUCCCUUUGUUGUUCAUGUUUUUAUAGGAGGCGCCAGGGGUCUUGGCCAAGGAGGACGACAAGUGGGAAGACAGCCUGGAGCUCUUCCAGGACCCCCACGCUGAUCCCCCGGAGGGCCAGGCAGCCUCCGAGCAGAGUGGUAACACAUCGCCCUGCUCCGGCUCCAGGGAUGAGCCCGAGGAUGAGCCAGGCAUCGCCGCCCUGCCGCACACCCCAGCUCGACGGCGACGGCCCUCCCUCUUCCGCAGGGUGCUCAGGGCUCUGCGCAG